GUCCACCAAAAGCCUGUGUGUCUUUUUAUUUAUAUAUAUAUAUAAACCUAAGCUAAGCACACCCACAGUUACAUAGCCUGUAGACAUGUAGAAAUGACUGGAGAGAGGAAGGACCUGUUGACUUAAGCUCCGCACUGCCAAAAAGAGCCUCCGGAUCAAGAGCUAUCUAUGAUUUACAUCAACUGCAGGAACACACCGGGCUCGGAUAACAGAGACCUGCCAAAAAUGGCUGCUGACCACUCGCCCGGCUCCUACACACGGCCUCUGGCCUUCAGCUUAUCAGUGGACCACCAGUGCCCCCCGUUCAGAGACGCUUUGAGUUUACCGCUCCACUUUGAACAGACUUACCUGGAGCCAGUGUACAGCCACAGGUAUAACGGACACUUCUCCUACCUGCCCUUCCCCGGCCACCUGGCCAUGUACGACUACUCCUUUGAGCCGGCCUUCAUUCGCAAACGAAACGAGCGCGAGAGGCAGAGGGUGAGGUGUGUGAACGAGGGAUAUGCCAGACUGCGAGAGCACCUGCCCCAUGAGUUCGAGGAUAAAAGACUCAGCAAGGUGGAGACACUUCGAGCGGCCAUCAGCUACAUCAAACACCUGCAGAACCUUCUGGAGCUGCGAUUGCCUGAAGCGAUUGCAGAGCUUUCAGCCGGGAGCGAGAGAGGGCCUGCGGUCAGUACGCAGCUCCCAGAGUGUAACAGUGAUGGAGAGUCUAAACACAGCCUGAGUGACCACGGGGAAACCUGCUACUGAACAGACUGUGCUGUGCAGAUGCUGGACAUGCUAAUGGCAAUGAUGCUAAUGUGCCCAUAAUGAUCUGCAGUAUUGAACUGUUGAACAGGAACUGUAUGACUGGAGAACGACAGUCUUUGUGAAGUAAUUUUGAAUGUUGUGAAUGACUGUUUGGACAAUUUAGGGCAGUUUCCCAGACAGGGAUUAAGCCUAGUCUUGGACUAUACAGCAUUUUAAAUGGAGAUUUUACAUUGACAGGAAUAUAUAGGCCAGGUUUAAUCCUGUCUCAAAAACCGACCCAAUAUAUUUGUGGGGAUUUCUUACCAGUAACAAUCAACAGACAUUUUAACCCUUUUAGAUCCUGCAUCCAUUACAAUUGACAACACUUUUCGCAAUGCUUUGUUGCACAUAACACUAAUUGAGGACUGUUUUUAAUCAGAAUAGGCUAUAAACAAGCCAAAGAAAAGGUUUAAAAACCAAUAAAACAAACGCUUAGCCCUGCCCACUGCCCACUGGAAAAAAAAAAAAAAAACACAGUACUAGAGCCAAAGAGGCAAAGUAAAAAAGCAAUUUUUUUUACUAAUUGUAUGUAAUUUAGAACAUUUUUCAUGUUAAUUUUUGUGUUUAGGGAUCUAAAAUAAAAAUGUUAAUUAAAGGCUUCCAAUCCAAUAGACAUAAAAAAAACAGUUACUUGUUUUAGUUAAUUGGAUUUAAUGUUCAUAUAGAUUUUAUAUUAUAAUAUUAAAGUCUUCCUUUGUAAGCAUUACAGUGAAAAAAAUGAUUCAGGUCAGAAUGAGUUAAAUGCCAAAUAUUAAAAUACAGUAUGGGGCAGUUUCCAGAGACAGGGAUUAAGCCUAGUAUUGGACUAAACAGCAUUUUAAAUGGUGAUUUUUACAUUAACAGGAAAAUAUAGGCAAGGCCCAAUCCUGUCUGGAAAACUGGCCCUAUAUGUUUGUUGGGAUUUCUUACUAAUAAAAUUCAAGAGACAUUUUAAAUAUUAAAAUAGAGUAUGGGGCAGUUUAAAGAGACAAGGAUUAAGUCUAGUCUUGGACUAAACAGCAUUUUAAAUAGCGAUUUCACAUUGAGAGG